AUGGCUUCCCUCCGAGCAUCUGCUCUUCCAGCGCUCACCGGGUUGAUGGGUACGGUGGGCAUCGCAACUGGGUUCUACAGCUUCCGGGCCCCAGUCGAUGCUGAGACCAUGUUUGGCAUCCUCGUCCCGUCUUCGGUGAACACGUCCCCAGAACUUCGGACCUGGCAACAAGCACAGACCUAUACCCGCGGCCUCCGUAACCUGGCUGGUGGAAUGUCCAUUGUGGGCAUCACCGCCUUCUGGCGCUUCUCCCCGUUGUGCCAGUCGUCGCCGGUGGCCGCCCUGACAGCCAAAAGAUGCCUGGGCAUCAUCUUCUUGACGGGCAGCAUUAUUGGGGGAGGGGAUGGUCUCGUCACCCAGUGGUUCGCCCAAGGAGAUGGCACCUCCGAGAAAGCACGCGAGGUUGGCAAGAAGGCGGGAUUGGGACAUCUGGUCAUGACGCUGCCCACUUUGGCCCUCGGGCUCUCUUGUUUUUUGAUGUGA